AUGUUCCUGCUAUUUUUGUUGUUUGUGGUGAGCCAGGUUGGCUUACUAGUAUUCUCACCGAAAUUUAAGGAUUUGAUCUUGUUUCGAUGGUACUACCAGCACAUCUACUACCCAUUAUUUACUGACUACACUCGUUAUAGAUGGAAGUACUGGUUGGUUCCUGGGUUCUAUGCCUGCAUCUUGAUAUUCUGUGUCCAUCUUUUCUACAACAAGUUAAACGACACAGUCAAUCCAUAUCUAUAUUCCCUUGAGAAAGCGUUUAUCCCAAUUACCAUUGCAUUUACAUCAUUGACAGGAGUAGCCUCCGUCUUUGUUAAACCUCUCGGGCUUCAGGCGGGCCCUCAAUUUCAGCCUGAUUACAUCAUAUUCCAUCCCUCUGCGGUUUGUCAAACGUGUAAAACCAUCAAGGUACCGAGAUCCAAACAUUGCCCAAUUUGUGAGCGAUGCAUUCCAUUACAUGAUCACCAUUGCAUAUGGAUCAAUAAUUGUGUUGGGUAUGGCAAUUAUGAGUACUUCUACUCGUUUCUAUUGUCAAAUUGUUUGUUAUUAACCUACGCCUCUCUAAGAUUGUUAACACUCUUCAGAAUAACUGCAUUCAAGAAAGACAAAUUUUUCCUAUCCUUAUUCUUAUUGACCACUGCAUUCUCCCUAAUUGCCAUUGUAUUCACCUACUAUCAAUUGAAGUUGGUAAACGACGGAAUGACCAACAACGAGCAGGACAAAUGGUAUCUAGUACAAGAAUACAUGAGGAAUGGGAAUCUUGUGAAGGACAUGGAUGGUGUCCUGUAUUACAGAUCGAUGAGCACUGAUGCACAAACAGCAGAACCGAUUUUUUACUCGACUAAUUUGUACGACCAUUCCAAAUAUCAUCUCAUAAACCCAGCUAAGAUCCUCAGUCAUGAAGAAAUAAUCAAUCUUUAUGACAGAGGGAGUUUUUUGGAUAAUUUGAAGGAAAGGAUUCAUCUCCUCGAUUGA